ACUCUUCAGAGUGCGGGCACGACAGUGCAUGCCACUGCUCACUCGAUCACAGACCAAGGCCAUGGACCGGAAGGCAGGAGAAUCCCUCCUGGCCUACGAGGAACGCCUGGCGGCAUUCAUCCAAGAGGCCAACGAUAGGGCCGCUGCCGCGGCCAAGGAACGUAGUCAGAUUGAGCAAGAAGAGGAGGCCAAGCGACGGAAGGAGGAACAGGACCGACUUCGUCAAGAGGAGGCAGACCUGCAGGCGGCAGCUGUACACCGGUCACGCCAGCGGGAACAACUGUUCACGCGGGAGACCGUGAUCGGCGAUGAGACCGCACAUUGGGUGGCGAUGGCAUCUGCAGACGAGGCCCCGGAGACUGACAAAGGGCUGUCCGCCGUUGUGCAGAUCUCCCACGACCUCGUGGCCACCUGCGCUCUGCAGCAGGAGAAAAUCCUUCACCUGCAGCAGACAGUGGACCAGAUGCUUACACGGCUGCAGGCGUUGGAGAAACAGCCAGCUGCUGUAGCAGCCGCCGGGCCUUCCAACCUUACCACCCGCGUUCAAGUCUUGGAGGAUGACGUCAGCAAUAUCAAGCGUGUGCAUCAGGACUUCAGGACGUCGCAGCAAGCAACGAACUUGCAGUUGGUGACGCAGGUCCAGGCUGCUGCCACCGUGACGCCCGCGGCCGCAUCCUCCCGGUGCCCACCCAAACUGGAUGACAUUCCAGUUUUCUGCGAUCAGUCCAAGACGGAACCGAUCCCGUGGUGGCGCCAGUUUACUCUCAGGCUCGACAUGCACCAUGUCCCGAACAACGAUCGACAUCCGUGCUUGUACCACCGAUCUGGUGGUGCAUGUCAAGCAUGGCUGGACAACAUCUUGACCAGCCACGACGUAGCAGUGUCGGAACUGCACACCAAGCUCACUUGGCAGAAGUUGACUGACGCCUGGCACAAGCGAUUCCAAGUGGAGCCGCCCGACCUGCAAGCGAUGGACAAGCUCAACAAGCUCCAUCAGAACACGCUGCUCAGUCAGGACUGGAUUACCGAGUUCCAAAGACUCGCCUCCACACCUGACCUGCCGCUCGCACCCGCGCCAUCAAGCACUUGUUCUUCCGCCAUUUCGUCUUCAUCAAGGGAUUCGGCAAGCAUGUUCAACGAGGAGGUCUUGGACCCGCUCACGCCCGAGGACUUCGCUUGGAUUUCUCUCCCUGCGACGAGCAACCUUCCAGGGCCGCAAAGCGCAGCACUAUGCGCCCUCUUACACGAGUAUCUUUCCUUCCAUGCACCACCAACUUCGUCGACGGUAGACGAAGUCGCGGUGGGGGACGUGCUUGGCUAUGUUACCAAGGUGGCCCGCGAGUUUGUCUCGCAACAGUACGGAGAAAACAACGCACCGUUGCUCUACGUUCGCAUUCAGAUUGGGCAAGGGGCCUGCAACGCUUUGCUAGAUUGCGGCGCAACUCGCAACUUCAUCAGCCAGUCCUUCAUGACUCGGGCUGGCCUUGGCGCACAAGUACGGAGGAAGUCACAUCCGACGACAUUCGCUCUUGCCGACGAAAAGACGAAACAGCUUUUAGACCGUUACAUCUCGGCUGUCCCGGUGUACUGUGCACCGCACGCAUGUGAACCCGUCACUUUUGACGUGUUGGACACCGACUUUGAUGUCAUUUUGGGGAUGCCUUGGCUUUCUAGCGCGGACCACACGGUCAAUUUCCAUCGAUGCACGCUCACGAUUCGUGAUGCAACUGGCGCCGAGGUCCCGUGUACUAUUCCUACUCCUCGCUCUUCCAUUCGGUGCCAAGUCGUGAGUGCCAAAUCUUUUCGAGACACAUGCCGUUCCGAGCAUGUCGAAGAGAUUGGCAUCGCUUUUCUUCCAACCGUCCCGACGACCGAUUCAUCGUCCACGAAUGUGUCUUCCGACCCCCGUGUGACCCGGUUGUUAGACGAGUUCUCGGAUGAUUUUGAGACACCCUCCGGUAUAGUGCCGGACCGGCCGAUCUCCCACGAGAUCAUACUCGAGGCCGGCGCCGUGCCACCAAAGGGAUGCAUUUAUCGCAUGUCCGAGGAGGAGCUCACGGUUCUCCGUGCGCAACUCGACGAUCUACUUGAAAAGGGAUGGAUCCGCCCUAGCAGCUCACCUUACGGUGCGCCUGUUCUCUUCGUUCGGAAGAAGAACAAGGACCUUCGACUUUGCAUUGACUACCGAUGCCUCAACGCGCAAACCAUCAAGAAUGCGGGGCCUCUACCUCGCAUUGACGAUUUGCUUGAGCGGUUGGGCGGGGACAAGUACUUUUCGAAGUUGGACCUCAAAUCGGGCUAUCAUCAGAUUUCCAUCCGCCCGCAAGAUCGGUACAAAACCGCGUUUAAGACGCGAUAUGGGCAUUUUGAGUGGGUAGUUAUGCCUUUUCGCCUCACCAAUGCCCUGACCACCUUUCAGGUGGCCAUGACCACCGAGUUUCGCGCUAUGUUGGACCGCUUCGUCUUCGUCUACUUAGACGACAUCCUCGUCUAUAGCCGAACUCUAGAGGAGCAUCUCGAGCACUUUCGCCGUGUUCUAGAGACUCUUCGGUCAGCCCAGUACAAAGCUAACCGCGACAAAUGCGAGUUUGUCCAGCAAAAGCUUGAAUACUUGGGCCAUUCUGUCUCUCCGGAAGGUAUUCGUCCGUUGACGGACAAGAUUCAAGCCAUCCAAAAGUGGCCCGAGCCGAAGAAUGUGACGGACGUCCGAUCCUUCCUCGGCUUGGCCGGUUAUUAUCAGCGCUUCAUCAAGGGUUACCCGAAGAUCACGGUCAACCUAAGCAAGUUACAAAGCGAGGAGCGGCCUUUUGACUUCGACGACGAUAUGCGUCAUUCUUUUGAAACACUCAAAGCGACACUCUUGUCCGCCGAGGUGUUACAUAUUUACGACCCGCUUCUAGCUACGCGCGUCACUACUGAUGUGUCGGGCUAUGGCAUUGAGGCCGUCCCCGAGCAGCACGAUGGCACGGACUGGCACCCGGUCGAGUACUUUAGCAAGAAAGUACCUCCCGUGCAUUCGAUUGACGACACACGGAAGAAGGAGCUUCUUGCCUUCGUCCACGCCCUCAAGCGUUGGCAACAUUUCCUCCUUGGUCGRAAASCAUUCCGAUGGGUAACGGAUAACAAUCCGUUGGUAUUCUACAAGUCGCAAGACACGAUUAACAGUACCAUUGCCCGUUGGAUGGCUUUCAUCGACCAGUUUGACUUUUUCCCCGAUCACAUUCUUGGGAAGUCAAACCGUUUUGCGGACGCCCUCUCUCGGCGACCGGAUCUUUGCACCGUAGUCUACUCUACCUUCGAGAUCGACGACGACUUGCGGGAGAGCUUCAUCCGUGGUUAUCAAGCCGACCCCCACUUUCGCGACAAGCACGCGAAUUGCUCCUCUCCGAAUCCGGUGCCUUCGCAUUAUCGGAUCCAAGAGGGCUGCUUACUUGUGCAUUCACGGGGUAAGGAUCUUCUUUGUGUGCCGAGUGAUUCACACUUGCGCACACGGCUUCUUGGCGAGUUUCACGAUGCGCCCGCCUCCGGACAUUUUGGUGUCAACCGUACACUUGGCCGACUUCGCCAGCGGUUCUAUUGGCCCGACCUUCUCAAGGAAGCCACCCGCUAUUGUGAGUCGUGCGAAGUCUGUCGGCGUUGCGAGUCGCGCAACCAUCCUCCGUUAGGCAAGCUACACCCACUACCAGUGCCCCUUGGGCGACGGGAAGCAAUUGCUAUGGAUAUCACCGGCCCCUUCCCGAAGCACAAGACCGGUGUGGAUGGGAUCCUCACGGUCGUCGACCGCCUCACCAAGUACGCCAUGUUUUUGCCUUGCCGCUAUCACGCAAAGGCACCGGAGUUAGUCGAGGUCUUAUACACCGGUUGGAUUCGGUCCAAGGGCUACCCCAAGGAGAUCGUUUGUGACCGGGACACUAGCUUUCUCUUCGACUUUUGGGUCGCCCUCGUCAAGCGAUGGGGCUCAUCUUUGAAGCCGAGUUCGGCUUGCCACCCGCAAACCGAUGGUCAAACGGAAAGGGCGCAUCAGACCGCUCAAGUCCUUCUACGCACUCUCAUCCGUCCCGACCAGGUUGAUUGGGUUGAGAGCUUGCCAGACGUUGAGUUGGCUAACAACUCAUCAAUCCACCCGGCUAUCGGGAUGUCGCCAUUCGAGUUUGAGCAUGGUUCACCCAUCUCAUCGCCGCUGGACGCCACUCUGCCGCGCACAGCCGAGAGCGACGACCAUCUUGCGUUCCUUCGUCGCAUGCAAGAGCUUCUUGUCAAGGCACGGGAUCAGAUGUCAAAGACGCAAACACGGAUGAGCCGUCAAGCCAACCGCAAUCGCCUUCCUUGCCCGUUCCGCGCCGGCGAUCUGGUUUGGGUCUCCGCCGCGGAGUUCAACCUUGAGCAAGCCAUCUCUCGCAAGCUCCUUCCCAAGUGGAUGGGGCCUUGGCGCAUUCUCUCUGCAGUUGGUGAUGAUCCCGAGGGGCCUUCAUUCCGCAUCGCGGUGCCACCUCACUUGCCAGUCCACACGGUGUUCCACUGUUCCAAACUCGCUCCGUUUGUUUCAGCUGAGUCCGACGAGUUUCCCGGUCGACGUACGCAAGACCCUCCUUCCAUGGACGGAUUUCAGGAGGCCGGCUACAUCAUCACCGACCGGCGCCAUGGCAACAAAGAAACAGAGUUUCUACUUCACUUUUCCUACUGCAGCCAUAAGGCUGACCGUUGGCUGACGCGUUCGGAACUGCAGGCCACAACUCCCGUCGUUCUCUCACGUUAUCUUAGCAAAGGGAAGACUACGCCGAGCACUCCAGCUCCUCGCCUUCCUCGCUACAUUCCGCCAUCGGAUCGGCAACUUCGUCUGCGCCCCGGCUCGUCUUCAUAAGGAGGGGGGCCUGUUACAUGCUGAAAGCCUACACACGGGCCCCUCACGGAACCCGAGGUUGGAAUAGGGCCCCCAGGUCGCGUCACCGCAACCUGA